AUGGGGAAUGAUAAUGUGGUGGCUGACUUGUCUGGUUGCGGUCCACAAAUUCUGGAGGAGAGAGAUAAUGCUUUCUUGAAUAAUCACAAUGUUGUGGGCUCAUCUCCUGCAUUUGGGCUUGGUAAACGAUCCAGAGAAGUUCGAAGCCCACCAUCAUCUGGGUCUAUGCAAGGCCCACCCAUGAGGAAUUUAAAUCAUGAUUUUGAGCCUGGGGAGUCAUCUUUUGACCUUAAUCGUCCUGUGUCAUCUCCAAGGAUUUCUGAGACAAGGAGAUCGGUAGACAGGGAUAACCCUGGGUUGAAGUUGCCGCAGGUGGAUGUUCAGCAGCAAAUCUCGGAUACAAUUCAGCCUGAGGAUCAGAGUAUGGUUAAUCGGGGAGGAGCGGCUUUUGAUGCUAAUAGUAUUAGGGAGGAAAUUCUUGCAACGGUUUCGGUUGGAUCGAAGAUCGGUAUCAAUUUGAAUGGUUUCCAGGAAGCUACUAAGGUCAGUAUUCUCGAUGAAGGAACUCGUAUUAAUUUGGUCAAUGUUUAUGCGUCUAAUGAUGCUGGUGUUCGUAGAAGUAUUUGGGCAAGUCUGGUGGAAAUUAAAAAUUACAUGCAAGGUCUGUGGGUACUAAUGGGCGAUUUUAACGACGUUAGAGAUGAAUCGAAGAGAUGUAAUUCGGAAUUUGUAGCAGCAAAUGCGGAAGCUUUCAAUCAUUUUAUCUUGUCUGCGGGUCUUUGUGAAUACAAUAUGGGGGGUGCUUCAGUUCAGGUACUUACUCGGGAGGCUUCGGACCGUAGACCAGUAUUACUAUCUACAACACCAACGGAUUUCGGGCAUAUACCGUUUAGAUGCUUUAAUUCAUGGUUGGAGCUUCCGGGUUUUUUGGUACAUCAAAUAUGUCACAAUUUCACUUUUAAUGGUCCAGCAGAUGUGGCUUUAUCAUUUAAGUUGAGAUGGCUUAAAAACAAUAUCAAGGUUUGGCUUAAAUGGGAGCGAGAUCGCACUGAUGGUGUUUAUGUGGAAAAAAAGAACAGGAUCCAACAUCUUGAAAAUCUUGCUGAUGAGAGGGCUUUGGGCGAUGAAGAACUGAGUGAAAGAGCCGAUUAUAUCAAUGUUGUUUUGGGGUUGGAUCGCCGGAAACAAAUGGAUGCAAGACAGAAAUCUCGUGCUAGGUGGGCCAUCGAAGGUGAUGAAAAUUCAGCCUAUUACCACAACAUUAUUAACUCUAAUAUUAGUAAUAAUCGUGUCAACGGGCUCGUCAUUGAUGGAGUUUGGGUGACUAGUCCGGUGGAGAUCAAAGAAAAUUUUUUAGAGUUCUUUUCAAACCAGUUUGUGGAGCCGAUGUCUUCAAGACCUUCCAUUAGUUGCCAUAAUCUGGCUACUCUCAUAGAAUCCGAAGCUGAUACAUUGGUUACACCGUUCUCUAAUCUGGAAAUUAAGAAAGCAAUUUGGGAUUGCUUGGGGGAUCGUGCUCCGGGCCCGGACGGUUUUAAUUUUAAGUUCAUCAAGAGGAAUUGGGACCUUUUUCAAAAUGAUUUUAUCAAGAUUUUUCAGGAUUUCUUCACCAAAGGUUUGAUCGAUGUUAUUAAUAAAGCAAUUUCUAAAGUGUUGGUUAAUCGGCUAAAAACGGUUUUUGGGAGGCUGGUUUCGGAAGAACAAUCAACUUUUUUGGCUUGGAGAAAUAUCACGGAUGGUCCUCUAAUUCUGAAUGAAGCAAUAGCGUGGAUGAAAAAGGCGAAAAAAUCGGGUAUGAUAUUUAAAGUUGAUAUUAAUAAAGCUUAUGAUUCGUUAAACUGGAACUUCUUAGAAUCUGUGAUGUUACAAAUGAACUUCCCGGUUAAGUGGCGGAAAUGGAUUAUGGCUACUCUUAUUUCGGCAAGGGCCUCGGUACUGGUGAAUGGGUCACCAACUAUGGAAUUCAAGUACUCUCGUGGACUACGUCAAGGGGACCUGUUGUCACCUUUCUUAUUUGUUAUAGCUAUGGAGGCUCUCACAGGAAUCAUGAAAAAGGCUAUGUCCGAAGGCAUUUUCGAAGGUCUUAGGUGUACGAAUGAUGGUCCACUCCUCUCACACUUCAUCUAUGCGGACGAUGUCGUUUUCUUUGGUAGAUGGUCGUUUGUGAACCUAGCAAAGUGUUCCAUGUUCGGUGUGGGGAUAAAUGAUGAAGAGGUUAAAUUAAUGGCGGAUUGUAUGAAUAGCAAAAAAGGAUCAUUUCCGUUCAAGCAUUUGGGAUUAAUCGUGGGAGCAAAUAUGAAUCUUAUACGUAACUGGAAGUCGGUUAUUGAUAUAUUUAAGUCCCGGUUGUCAAUUUGGAAGGCCAAAAGUUUAUCAUACGUAGGUAGAAUCACAUUGCUUAAAUCGGUAUUGAAUUCUUUGCAAACGUAUUUUUUCUCAUUGUAUAAAGCUCCGGCGAAAGAAAAAGUUAUCGCCCCUAUCGAAUACGGUGGUCUUGGAUUCGGUUCACUCCGUGACGCCAAUUUGGCAAUGUUGUCGAAAUGGUGGUGGAGAUUUAAAACGGAUAAAGAUGGUCUUUGGAGAAGAGUCAUAUGGUCGGUUCAUCAUAAUGAGAGGUCAUGGUCUCCAAUCCCAGCAAAAAUCUCCAUUCCCGAUCCGUGGAAGCAAAUAGUGAGUGUCCAGGUACCUCUUAAUUUAGUUGGAAUAAACCUUCCUGAUCUUAUUUGGUGUGAUGUGGGUUCCGAUUCAAAUGCAUUGUUUUGGUUGGAUCUUUGGAUUGGUGCACAGCCACUUUAUGUUAUGUUCCCUCUUUUAUUUGCUCUUGAAGUUGAUAAACUGUGUAGAGUUUCACAAAGGGUGGUUUGGGAAUCAAGUGGUGCCAGUUUUAUGUGGUUAUGGAAAAUAAAUUUAAACAGUGAUGAUGAAGUGUUUGAGCUACAAAACCUCCUCGACAUUCUCAAUCUGUUUCAUCCUCGUGCCGGCCCAGACAUUUGGAUUUGGAAACCCGCAGCCAACUUAUGGCUUCUCGGUGGCCGCCAUCAAAUAUGCAGCGUGGGUAUUGUCUCGUGGCGAGCUUUGUCGGAACGGUUGCCAACUAAAUCUGCAUUGGUGGCUCGUAAUGUAGAUGUUGGGAGUAUAGGUUACCCGUUGUGUAAUGAACACCCCGAAUCUAGUGAUCAUUUGUUUGUGGCAUGUCAGUUUUCGCAAGCGAUUUGGCUUGUGAUUGCACAAUGGUGUAAAAUCCCACCUUUGAUUACGUUUAGUCUUAAGGAUGUGUUGGAUAUUCGCUCCGCUGUAUCGGGUUCGAAGAGGAAAAAGAAGCUCAUCAAUGCCAUUUUUCAAGUUGUGAUUUGGAGUAUUUGGAGGUUGAGAAACGAGGUCAUUUUCCGACAGGUUGAUCCAAAUAUGUCAAGGGUGAUAGAAGAAUCUAAAUCAAUGUCAUACUUGUGGAUCAAGAACAGGCUAAAAUCUUCUAAUUGGUCUUGGGGUGAGUGGAGAAACUUUAGUUUUGUAAUGUAG